AUGGCGGGAACAACCGGGUUCUUCCACCACAUUGGCACCUUUUUGCUCUUUUCGGCCACCGUGCUGCUCAUCAUAACCUGCAUCUCGGCGCCUGUCGUGGAUGACCUUGCGCUGCUCAAAGUGGAACUGGGCGGCAAUACUCGUGGCAGGACCGUCACCUUUGGCACGUUUGGCUGGUGCGUGAACAAUGUCAAUGGCGGAAAUAAUUGCUCCCCUUCAAAAGUAGGCUACUCCCCGGCGGCCGUCAUGUCCUCGCUCGACCGAACCGAGUUCUCCGACUACGCCGAGGACACCACCCGCGGGCUGACCCGCGCCAUGAUCCUGCACCCGAUCUCAUGCGGCCUCAACUUCAUCGCAUUCCUGCUCGCGCUGGGCGCCGGCGUUGUCGGCUCGUUCCUGGCCUCGCUCGUCGCGCUGCUGGCGUUUCUGGCGACGGCCGUCGCGUGCGUCAUCGACUUUGUGCUGUUCAGCAUCGUCAAGAGCAAUGUCAAUGACCGGGGCAAUGAGACGGGCACGGGGGCGUACUACGGCGCGGCGUCGUGGACCCUGCUGGUGUCAGCUAUUUGCUCGCUGCUCGGGGCCAUCGUCGUCUUCUUUACGUGCUGCUCGGCGCGGUUGCAUCGGAGGAGGAGCGUGAUGAGCGCGUCAAUCAUCUCGGAGCUGGCCCGGCGCAACCGGCACAGCCUCCGCACACUCCGGCAGUCUCCGGUUGCCGAGAUCUCCGGGGCGCUCGGCGAUCUCGGGACCUUGCUUCCGCUCAUGAUCGCCCUCGCCUCGCAGGGCUCAAUCGACUUGUCCUCGACACUCGUCUUCUCGGGCCUUUUCAACAUUGUCACCGGCGCCGUGUUUGGCAUUCCGCUACCAGUACAGCCCAUGAAGGCCAUCGCAGCAUCGGCCUUAUCGACUCCCCUCUCUCUCCAGAUCACAACCGCCGCCGGCGCCCUCGUCUCGUGCGCCGUGCUCCUCCUCACCGUAACCGGUGCCCUGCGUCUCCUCACCCGCAACGUCCCCGUCCCUGUCAUCAAGGGGAUCCAGCUGGGCGCAGCCUUGCGCCUCGUCAUCUCGGGCGGCAACCUCAUCCUCCCGUUGCCCUGGUGCACUGCUCUCCCACAGAUCGACAACCGGCUCGUCGCCCUGUGCGCGUUUCUCCUGCUGCUGCUCAACCAACGCUCCCAGCGCUUCCCCUACGCCUUGCUCAUCUUCCUCCUCGGCCUCUCCACCAUCCCCUUUCUUCCGUCUGAUACUACCCAAUCCUCCCACUCCCCGUCAUCCCCAUUUCGUUUCGGUUUACCCCUACACGUAACAAUCCCAGACUUCACCUCCCAACAAUCCUACACAACCUCCCUCUCACAACUGCCCCUAACAACCCUCAACUCCAUCCUCGCAGUCUCGGCCCUCUCCGCCGACUUACUCCCUUCCCUCCUCCCACCACCAACGCCCACCGCCCUGGGCUAUUCGGUCGCAGCCAUGAAUUUGGUAGGGUGCUGGUUCGGCGCGAUGCCGGUGUGCCAUGGCGCGGGCGGACUGGCGGGGCAGGUACGCUUUGGUGCGCGCAGCGGGGCCGCUGCUAUUUUGCUCGGGGUGGUGAAGAUGGUAUUGGGGUUUGUGACAGUUACGUUUUCGUCUUCUUCUGGCCGGGGGUAUGACGGUGUUGGUACCGGUAUUGGUGAUGGUAAUGGUGGGGAGGUGGUGAUAAGUGCGUUGAGUAGGUUUCCGAGGGGGUUGUUGGGGGUGAUGGUCAUCGCGGCUGGCCUGGAGUUGGGCAAGGUGGGCGCUGGGUUGAACACGAAGGGUGCGGUGGAUUUGUGGGAGGAGAGGGCUGUUCGUGAUGAUGAUGGGGUGGGGAUUAGGGGAAGGUGGAGAGAGGUAGGCGUGGCGGAGCAGCAUGAGCGGUGGAUGGUCAUGAUGGUUACUGCGGCGGGGAUAUUGGCGUUCAAGAAUGAUGCCGUUGGGUUUCUGGCCGGGUGUUGCUGUCACGGCGCGUACAAGGUAGCUGACUGGGUGGAGAGGAGGCAAUCUCAAGGGCUGCUGGGGGAAAGGAGGCCGCUGCUGAGGUAG